CGAACGUCGGUAGAGCGCGCAGUGCUCCUCGCGCAGGACCGGAGUGGUGUUCACUCGGCGGCGCGCCACGGCGCGACAUGCCCAGCUGAUGUUUAUUUAUACCGCGAGCUCGGAGGAGGGUGUGCGCGGAGGGCCCUCCCCGCGGCAUCUCGGUGUCGCGUGAUGCAGCCGAGCGAGCUAGCCGACACCGCGCACGCCGCUAGCGGAAACCCCCCGCAGCGUGGCCUCAACGGCGGCCGUUUCGACUUUGACGAUGGUGGUACAUAUUGUGGUGGAUGGGAGGAUGGCAAAGCCCACGGCCAUGGUGUUUGUACUGGACCAAAAGGACAGGGCGCCUACGCCGGCUCCUGGCACUUCGGCUUUGAAGUUUCCGGUGUCUACACCUGGCCCAGUGGUAGCUCAUACGAGGGUCAAUGGCAGAACGGCAAGCGCCAUGGACUGGGGGUGGAGACCCGAGACCGGUGGCUGUACCGGGGCGAGUGGACGCAGGGCUACAAGGGUCGGUACGGCGUCCGGCAAAGUACUACCAGCAACGCGAAAUAUGAGGGCACAUGGGCCAAUGGACUCCAAGACGGAUACGGCUCGGAAACUUACGCGGAUGGCGGAACAUACCAAGGACAAUGGAUGCGAGGGUUGCGGCACGGGUACGGUGUUCGUACAUCUGCGCCUUUCGGGCUCGCGUCGCAUUACCGCGGCGGAGCGCGACAUGGCCACCGCGGCUCGCUUUCGUCGCUCACAGAAGCGGCCGGCACGCCGGACCCUUCGGAGAGGCGGACCACUCGUAUGGACGAUGCAAGAGGAGGCUUUGUCCUCAAGGCAAGCUCUGACGAACCAGGGAGACGCGGUUCUCUUGUUGAAAAGACUAAGAAGGGAUUGCUUUCUAAGUUACGUAAGCAGCGCAGCGCCGGCGAGCUGGACAAGCGCGGCACAGGGUCCGUCCGCUCAGGAGGCUCAGGGGGCUCAGGCUCCUCUUGGGUGUCUUCGGUAGAAAGCUCUCACUCUGCUAUGACCCAUGCCUCCCUACAGACAAACUCAAAUGCUAGCUUCGUUGUAGAGGAUGAACAUUUAGACGCAAGCGUAACGGAAACUUACAUGGGCGAAUGGAAAAACGAUAAACGCACAGGGUUUGGAGUUAGUGAACGCAGCGACGGACUACGUUAUGAAGGCGAAUGGUUUGGAAACAGAAAAUACGGAUACGGUGUAACUACUUUUAGAGAUGGCACAAGAGAAGAGGGCAAAUAUAAGAACAAUGUGCUCAUCACAAGCCAAAAGCGGAAACACAUGUUCCUCAUGCGAUCCGCGAAGUUCAGAGAACGGGUCGAUUCAGCAGUUAAUGCAGCACAACGUGCAUCAAAAAUAGCAUUACAAAAAGGAGACAUAGCUAUCUCGAGAACUGCUACAGCCCGAGGUAAAGCUGAACAAGCUGAUGAAGCAGCAGACCAAGCAAAAGAUGACUGUGAUAAUGCACAAGCAACUGCAAAACAGUUUGCACCAGAUUUUAAGCACCCUGGCUUUGAUCGAAUAGGAUUAAGAGAAAAAUAUAGACAAAAGGCCUACGAUACGCAAAUAACGUCGCCUGUAUCACAAGAAUCUGAAAAGAUCUUGGAUGGAAAGAGCAUUCCAAAUCAUAUCCCUCCGAUGCAUUCACAGCUUCCACAGUCUAAUAAAGUUCCAAACGCUAUACCCUCUAGACGACCAUCAACGCAGCAUCAGAAUACACAGUAUCCUAAACCUGUAGACCCAAGACUUGUAAAUAAUGCUAAUUAUAAUACAGAUAACCGUGCACUAGGACCUCCAUAUGACCAACAUUAUAACCCAAAUCAAGACAAUUGGUCAUCAGCGAACACACAAUCGCAAAUUCCAGAUAAUCAAAAGUCUUACUUGCCAAACGAAAUUAAUACAUAUGGACCUAUAUCACCUAGUGGUCCGCAAGCACCGCAAUCAGCAUAUCGUCUAAACAGGCAGGAUGCCUUACAGGGUCAACAAUGUAUGGAUCAAAGUAGUCAACAAUACAUAAAUCAAGGACGAAGACUGUCAUCAGCUAUCAGACAAACACCUAAUCAAAGACCUCAGCAAGAAUGGAACACUACCCAAAUAGGUCCCAGACGACAGAGCGUUCUAGCUCAACCGACUAACCACCCUCAAGACUCAUAUAUUGACGGAGGUUCGGCUACAUAUGGAAGAAAUGAGUUUCGGAGCGGAACUGUUCAUUCUGAAGGACCACUAGACCGUCAAACAAUGGUAUCUGAUCCCCAAGGUUAUCGACAGCCUAACGAUCCACAGGCUUAUAGAGAACCACUGGAUCAACACGGAUAUAGACAGGCUUCCGAUCAGCAAAUAUAUCGACAAGCCACGGUUGACAAUCAGUCAUAUCGACAAAGUGCGCCCAUGGACCAAGAGAGCAAUGGAGUGCGUGACCCUCGACAAACGAUGACUGGACAGCGACCAACUAUCGAUUAUUUCGAUCACUAUAAGAGGCCUCCUAGUAGAGAUUCAAGCGUGGAUCGAUACGGGCGACGGUCGCGACAGGCAUCGGUCGAACCAACAAGUGGCGGUGGUUCACGAGCUGGCUCUGUAGCACCACAACCGGCACCGAUGUCCACAGCGGCAUCGCGGCCCGCCUCUCGCGCUGCAACACCAGCUGGAAAUGGACAUUUAACCUCGGGCCGGGGUUCUAUUUCCCGCGCAAGUUCCCGAGAACAUGCCAUUCCUUUUGAAGAAUCUCUGCUACGAAAGCGAACGCUGGGACAAGAAAUAUCGCCGUCACCAUAUCAACCAAAGCGUACAGAGAGUUUGUACGUGACACAGAAUCCAGCGCCACCCCCGCCAGCCCCUAUGGCUGGAGGUGGAGGAGGAGGGAGAAAGAUGCUAAGCACACCGCAGGCAUUGCAGCGAAAGAAGUCUUUGCCUGAUGUAGCAGGGAUGCCACGUUCUAUAGAUGGUACUGGCAUGUCCCGUGAAGAGGUUUCGGCCCUCGGAUCCGCUCGCCGCGAGGAAGUACGCCGUAUGCAUGAAGAAACUGAAAAACUUCGAGCAAACCCAUUGCUUUACUUAGUCAGUCCACAAGUCAAGGACUGGUUUUCGCGACAGCAACUUGUAAUCUUAGUGCUGUUCAUCAAUAUUUCCUUGGGCAUCAUGUUCUUCAAGCUGUUGACGUAGCGUCGGCGAGGGGCGCACGCGCGUCGCGCGCCGCCGCCGGGCUCUUUCCACGAAUUCUCCACAUAUUAAAUUGAUAAUAUUGUAAAUACCUACGAAACUUUUGAACCAAAAUAGCCAAAACUUCUAUUCUGACAUUUGUCUGACUAGUUCACAAAACUUGUCAGUUUUUUUAAACUGUCCCUUCUUAAUACGAGUUACUGUUUUAAAAUUUUAAUAAUAAAAACGACUUAAAUAUAUUUUUAUUCGUCAAUAAGGACUUCGGUUUUGCUAGUGUAAUUUUCUUUGACAUUGUAUAAGUGUGCAAAGUUUUGAAAAUUUUGCAGUGCAUCCUGUGCAUUACAUUCUCCAGUCAUUUCAACUUCUAUGUGCGAGAGUGAUAAUUUGUGUCUACUGUAGGUCAAAAACUUCGAGUGUAUGGAGCACGUUGUUUUGAAAACCUGCAUAUUGUAGGUAUGUGUCUUCGAUGAUGUUACUAACGCCUUAAUGCUUCAAAUUUGAAGACUGGGUAGCCGAGUGUAGGAUGCAAAACGUACUAAAAGUACAACAUGACAUAUUUAUGUUACACAUGGCUUUGGUCAUUCUGUUACACUGCAUUCUUAAUAGAUAUAUGAAAAAUAAUCGAUUCAUCGAUUUCUUAAUUGUUACCUAUUUGCCUUUUAAAUUUAGUGAUAGGUGAAUAAAAUAAACUGAAUCUACUUAACAUUAUGAACAUUUGUGUUCAAGAACAUUGUUAUAAUUGAACCAUAUAUUAAUGCAAAAUUUAAGUGUUUCUUACAGAAAUCAGUCUCUAUUAUAAACAAGCAUCACAUACCCUGGUGUGAUACUAAAAGCACAAACUAUGAUAGGGUUAUAGGUAUUUUGAAGAUGUAAAUAACGAGUAAAAUUAUGAAUCUUUACAAAACUUAAUAUAUACAAUAAUGUAGAUAUGUAACUACAUUUUUUGCUUGCUAUAAUAUGUACAAGAUGAAAUUUGAAAGAGAGUAUGCUUUAUUAUAUUUUCCUAUUCUAUAAAAUUGAACGAUACGUAUGACCUUUAUUGAAAUUUAAAUUAUUAUAAAAUCUUAAUAUAUACCCCAGUUUUUAUACAAAAUGAAGCUUCGUUUUAUACCUAUGAAGUCAAUUCUAUCGUAAUCGAAGUUUUUUGUAUAAAUAUAAUAUAAAUAUAUAUAUAUUAUAGUUCUUAUUAUAUAUAUGUGAAGUUAUUGACCAUUUUGAAGAAUAUUGGCAUGGGAAGCGUGCGCGUAUGAGACUGUUGAUACGUUCUGUACAACGAAAGUUGUUGAAAACGAGCAUUCGUUGAAUGGUUCAAAUGUUAAAGUUUGUAAGACAAUUUUCACACUUUCAUUAUAUUAUGUAAAAAUUAUAAGUUACUUAUUAUCUGUAAGAAUUUUAAUUACUUGUAUCGAUUUUAUCUACGUUUCACAAAUAAAAUAUUUUAACAAAACUAAA